AGGAUCCUUCUCAGCACUGCUUCAGGCAGCCACUACCCAUGAUUGGAGUUAGCCUGUAAGGAGGUUGGAGAGGCGUGGCUGGACCAAGACGUCCCUCAAUGUGAGCAAGUUUCCUCCCCCCAUCUCCUCUUGCCACCACGCCAGGGAACAACCUCAAGCCCUGGCCCUCAGGGGAGAGGUAACAGAAGCCCAGAGCCGAGACCAUGUGACGGCGCUGGCCCUCGCCACCGCCGUCCCCCCCACCCUGGCCCCAGGCCCGGCACCAUGAUGUUCCGAGACCAGGUGGGCAUCCUCGCUGGCUGGUUCAAGGGCUGGAAUGAGUGUGAGCAGACAGUGGCUCUGCUGUCACUUCUGAAGCGGGUCACCCGCACCCAGGCCCGCUUCCUGCAACUCUGCUUGGAGCACUCACUGGCCGACUGCAGUGACAUCCACCUCCUGGAGUCAGAGGCCAACAGUGCUGCCAUCGUCAGCCAGUGGCAGCAGGAAUCCAAAGAAAAAGUGGUGUCCCUCCUGCUGUCCCACCUGCCCCUGCUCCAGCCAGGCAAUACGGAUGCCAAGACGGAGUACAUGAGGCUGCUGCAGAAAGUGCUGGCUUACUCCAUUGAGAGCAAUGCCUUCAUUGAGGAGAGCCGCCAGCUACUCUCCUAUGCCCUCAUCCACCCAGCGACCACAUUGGAGGACCGCAACGCACUGGCCCUCUGGUUGAGCCACCUGGAAGAGCGGCUGGCUAGCGGCUUCCGCACCCGGCCUGAACCUACCUACCACUCGCGCCAGGGCUCAGAUGAGUGGGGGAACCCUGCCGAGCUGGGUCCUGGGGAGGCAGGAGCAGGCUGGCAAGACAAGCCCCCCCGGGAAAAUGGACACGUGCCCUUCCACCCACCCAGCUCAGUGCCAUCCACCAUCAACAGUAUUGGGAGCAAUGCCAAUGCAGGUCUCCCCUGCCAAAUACACCCCAGCCCACUGAAGCGCUCCAUGUCACUCAUCCCCACGAGCCCACAGGCCCCUGGUGAGUGGCCCAGUCCAGAAGAGCUUGGGGCCCGGGCCGCCUUCACCACGCCCGACCACGCGCCCCUCUCGCCCCAGAGCAGCGUGGCUUCCUCUGGCAGUGAGCAAACGGAGGAGCAGGGCUCCAGCCGAAACACUUUCCAGGAGGAUGGCAGUGGCAUGAAAGAUGUGCCCUCUUGGCUCAAGAGCCUGCGCUUGCACAAGUAUGCAGCCCUCUUCUCGCAGAUGAGCUAUGAAGAGAUGAUGACACUGACUGAGCAGCACCUGGAGUCUCAGAAUGUCACCAAAGGUGCCCGCCACAAGAUAGCCCUAAGUAUCCAGAAGCUUCGUGAAAGGCAGAGUGUCCUCAAGUCCCUGGAGAAGGAUGUGCUGGAAGGUGGGAACUUGCGAAACGCUCUGCAGGAGCUGCAGCAGAUCAUCAUCACCCCCAUCAAGGCCUACAGUGUCCUGCAGGCCACCACCACCACCACUGCCACCACCACUGCCAAGGAUGGGGGCCGAGGGGAACUGCCGCUGCCAGGUGCUGAGCCUCCCCGGGCCCUUUCUGACACAGACAAGGGCACUGAGGCCAAAGACCCUCCAACUGCAGAGAGCUACCCCCCUCCACCAACUCCGGCUCCUACUGAUGGCAAUGAACCAGCCCCAGCUCCUGUCGCCGACGGAGACAUCCCCAGCCAGUUUACACGGGUGAUGGGCAAAGUGUGCACCCAGCUGCUGGUGUCCCGGCCAGACGAGGAGAACAUCACAAGUUACCUCCAGCUCAUCGAAAAGUGCCUGACUCAUGAGGCUUUCACAGAGACGCAGAAGAAACGACUGCUGUCCUGGAAACAGCAAGUGCUGAAGCUUCUCCGGACAUUCCCUCGCAAAGCUGCACUAGAGAUGCAGAACUACCGGCAGCAGAAAGGCUGGGCAUUCGGCUCCAACUCACUCCCCAUAGCUGGUUCUGUGGGGAUGGGAGUGGCCAGGCGGACCCAGCGGCAGUUCCCCAUGCCUCCUCGGGCCCUCCCGCCCAGUAGGAUGGGCCUCCUGAGCCCCUCCGGCAUUGGGGGUGUCUCCCCCCGACAUGCCCUUACCAGCCCCAGCCUUGGGGGCCAGGGCCGACAGAAUCUGUGGUUUGCCAACCCUGGAGGCAGCAACAGCAUGCCCAGUCAGAGCCGCAGCUCUGUGCAACGCACCCACUCGCUCCCAGUCCACUCUUCACCCCAGGCAAUUCUCAUGUUUCCUCCAGACUGCCCAGUCCCUGGGCCUGACCUGGAGAUCAAUCCCACCCUGGAGUCUCUGUGUCUGAGCAUGACAGAACACGCCUUGGGUGAUGGGACAGACAAAACCUCCACCAUCUGACGGGACCCACAGCCCAGCGCACCCAUAGGCUCCCUGGGCGGCGGGCGGGGGCCAGCCCCCAUUGGGCUUCUCCGAAACAGCGAGAGGGUGGGCUGGCUCAGCUAUACAUUCUAAUAUUUUUCUACUCUCUCACCCUUUUCACUUUUGUUUAACAUUGGCACCCACCUUACUCCCAGGCCCAUGGGGGUAUCUCUGCAGAGGGGGAGGGGGUAUCCAGGAAGUGAUGGGGGGACAGGGACUAGCCAGACUGCCUACCCCUUCCUUCCUUUCCUCAUCCCCCACCUGGCCAAGUCCCAUCACAGCCUCCUCCAGACCACUGACCACCUGCCUGCCCCUCCCCAAGGGAGCAGAUAACCCCCAGAGACAAGCUGCCCCCACUCCCUGUGAAGUCUGCUCAGAAACAUUGGACUUGGGGAGAAAUGAGCAGGCUAGAUAAGCUACUCUCGGGAACAUUUGAGCGGAGCCAGGGAGCAGCAGUCCGGGGAGGAGAGGAAUCACCUCUCUAACUUUUUCUUCGUCCCCACCCCUUCUCCAGAGGACAAGAGCCACCUUCUUCUCACUCACCUCCUUUUGCCCUGUUUAUCAGAGGUUCUCUACAAUUAAUUUCUUAGGCCUAUUUAAGAUACAUAUUUAUAUAGUU